CGACGUCAUCAGUCAGCGCCCAUUCAGCGGGACUGUCGCGGCAUUUGAAACAUCCUCAUUCGUUCCGCACAAAAAGACACUUUACACCGUAAUUACGAUCUUUGGGGCGGACUGAAAUGAUCGACAUGAUCGAAAAGGAGGACCCGGUCAUUAGCGAAGAAGAAGCGGCGCAGUACGACCGUCAGAUCCGACUGUGGGGGCUGGAUGCACAGAAGAGGUUGCGGGGAUCCCGUGUGCUCCUGGCAGGUUUGGGGGGUCUCGGGGCAGAAGUGGCAAAGAACUUAAUCCUGGCUGGAGUGAAAGGACUCACUUUGUUGGAUCACGAACAGGUGUCAGAGGAGUCAUGCCGAGCUCAGUUCCUGGUUCCGGUGACGGCUCAGGGCCAGAAUCGUGCUCAGGCCUCUCUGGAACGUGCACAGAACCUCAACCCCAUGGUGGAGGUGCACGCCGACCAGGAUAAAAUUGAGGACAAACCAGACGACUUCUUUCUGCAGUUUGAUGCGGUGUGUCUGACAGGCUGCUCCAGAGACCUGAUGGUGCGGGUCGACCAGCUCUGCUCUCAGAACAACAUCAAGGUCUUCUGUGGAGACGUCCACGGUUACUACGGUUACAUGUUCUGCAACCUGGGACAGGAGCACAACUACGUUGAGGAAAAGCCUAAAAUAGUGAAGCCAACCGGUGACUCCAGCGGCGGCCCAGAGGCAAAGAAAGCCAAAGUCGACCCCAAUGAGACCACCAUGGUUAAAAAGACGGCCAGUUUCUGCACUCUCAAGGAAGCUCUGGAGGUCGACUGGACUAGUGAGAAAGCCAAAGCCGGACUGAAGCGAACACCAGUGGACUACUUCCUGCUCCACGUUCUGCUGAAGUUUCGUACAGACAAAGGCCGCGACCCCGACCCGCAGGCCUUUCCAGAAGACAGUCAGCUGCUGAGACAGAUCCGCGACGACGUCCUCGAUGCCCUGCAACUGAGCAGCGACCUCCUCAACGACGACUUCAUCAGCUACUGCUUCUCUGAGAUGUCUCCGGUUUGCGCCGUAGUGGGAGGAGUCCUGGGACAGGAAGUGGUUAAGGCUCUGUCCCAAAGAGACGCUCCUCACCGCAACUUCUUCUUCUUCGAUGGUCGUAAAGGAAACGGCGUCGUCGACUACUUUGGACCGAACUGAACAUGUCAGGCUACACCCGUCCAUAUAUACACACACAGCUGUUUGAUCUGCUACUAGAUUAUUUAUAUCAGUGUUAGCUUCACUUGUCACAAAAAUGAAUCUGUUGUUUAAUUUUUGUUUUUGUUUUGUUUUGGGGCCUUUUUGAGCCUUUUACCCACAAAACCUGACACAAGUACAGUGGGAUUUAUUUUUUACAUUUGCUAAUAAAACAUUGUUUACUA